AUGGCUUUAGUACAGAGGAACUACUUGGAAGGAAAUUACAUAGAUAGGAAUUGCUUCCAGAAGCAAAUACCUCCUGAAUUUUACUUUUUGAAGUCAGAAAUUUCGAAUUCAAAGUUUUCUUCGGAUUAUACAGACUAUCCGAAUAUAUAUGAGCCUCAAGCGUAUAGGUAUAUAGAUGAGGAUAACAAACCGGGAUGCUUUGAAGGGAAAACGGGAGAAAUUCUUCUUAAUAAAUCCAAUAUGACUAUACAAGACCCAUUAUCGUCUUCACUUGUUUUGAUUGAUACGUAUUCGUCAAAAAAUCAUAUUUUCCCAUCUUCAGACAUUCAAUCUGGAGGAUUUGAUACGUCACUUAUGAUGCAAAAUGUCAUUGAUCCUCAGCUUUUUUCAGAAAAGAAUAUUCAGAAUAUGCCUUCUAUUUCACAUAAAAUGCAAUUGCUUUCUCCACCAUACUCAUCUAUGCAAUAUGAUAAAAAUCUUGUAAGCAAUUUUACACAAAAUAGUUGUGAAAAGCCAAAUCAAGAAGAUUUACGGUUUUUAAUAGACCAUUGUUCUCAAUUGCAGGUUGACUUUAAAGAUUCCAUUCAUCAGCUCUCAUCUCAAAUCUUUUCUCCACCCAUGUCUCCAGAAGACAACACUAUUGUGAAUCUAGGGGAUCUAUCUCAGAAUAACACAUCUUUUGAAAAACCUUUUAAUCAAAUUUUGGUUACAAUGCCCUUUAAUGAUAAAAAACAACAUGAUGUUCCAUCUUCAAAUGAAGUACUCGAAAAAUCCACUACAUUUGGGCGUUUUUCAUCACGAAGAACUAUGAUUUCUCUUGAAGCAAUAUCAUCUUUCAUUCAAGGACCAGAAGAGUCUGAUGGUAAAUUCGUGUGUCUCUAUAAUGGUUGUUUAAAACGAUUUGGUAGAAAAUACAAUAUUCAAUCACAUAUACAAACACAUUUGUCAGAUAGGCCUUAUUGUUGUCCAAUCUGUCGUGCAAGAUUUGUUAGACAUCAUGAUUUAAAACGACAUGUAAAAAUUCAUGGCGACCAAAAACCUUAUUCUUGUCCAUGUGGGAAAAGUUUUGUUAGAACAGAUGCACUUAAACGGCACAGAGUAAGAGGCAUUUGUAAAGGAUCAAUAUUAUGUCAGGGGAAAGACAUGUAA